GCACCCGAGAGACAGUGGUUGCUUGGAGACCCGCGCCUGUUCCAGCACCCAGCCAUGCUGGCGUUUGGCGUUCUGUUUUUUCGCUACCACAACAAACUGGCCCAGGAGCUCGCGGCCCAGAACCCGGCCUGGGACGACGAGACCAUCUUCCAAGAGGCGAGAAAGUGGGUCAUAGCCACACAGCAGAACAUUUACGCUUACGAGUUCUUCCCAGCAUUUACAAAUACAGAUCUCCCGGCAUACUCUGGGUAUAAAGAGCACGUUUAUCCAGCAGUCAGCCAUAUAUUCCAGUCAGCAGCUUUCAGAUUUGGGCACUCAGUGGUACCACCUGGCUUCUAUAGAAGAGAUGCGCAGUGCAAUUUUUUCAACACCACCACCAACACGACCAACCCUGGAUAUCCUGCUGUUCGAAUGUGUAAUAUAUGGUGGCAUGGCGACGAACCAUUUGAAUUUGGCUUGGAGCCGGUUUUACUGGGGAUGGCGUCUCAGAUCACAGAGAGAGAGGACCACAUCUUAGUGGAUGACGUCAGAGGCUUGGUAUUUGGUCCCAUCCAACACUCAAGGCGAGACCUGGGCACCCUGAACAUAAUGCGCGGUCGAGAUAAUGGCCUCCCUGACUACAACACUGCCAGGAAGGCCUUUGGCCUAGCUGCAGUGACAAACUAUUCCCAGAUCAACCCCUGGCUUUACCAGCAAGACCCACAGGCUUUGGAGAACUUGAAGACUGCGUACAAUGAUAAUAUAGACAAGAUGGAUAUCUUUGUGGCGGGGCUCUACGAGAGCCAGCCAGACCGUCCUCUGGGGGAGCUGUUUCUGGCAGUGGUCACAGAUCACUUCACCAGGAUCAGAGAUGGUGACAGGUUCUGGUUUGAAAAUACACAGAAUGGAUUAUUUAACUCCAGUGAGAUUGAACAAAUUAAGAACACCACACUGUAUGACGUCAUUCUAAAAGUCACAAACAUCCAACCUGGAGAGAUUCAGAGAAAUGUUUUCUUUUGGAAUGAGGGUGACCCUUGUCCCCAGCCAAAACAGCUGAAUAUCAGUGAUAUGGCACAGUGUAAUGAUAACUUGACCCAUGACUUCUUUACUGGAAGUGAAGUGGUGUACAUUUUGGUGAUCAUUCUUAUUGGACUUCUGCCAUUUUGUUUUGCCGGGUUGGUAAUUGUACUGCAUGCAUGUAAGAAGAUACAAAAUCGGAGAAAUCAGACCAGUCUGAAGAAUAACAAAGUUGCUGUUCAGUUAGAUGACAGCAUUGAGGAAGGGGAGAAUAUAAUAGCCACUCAGUGGAGAGGAAGCAACAGCCCCAUGACAGUGGCUAUCGAACUUCACAAGGGGCUGGUCAUGGUGAAGGAUCCAGUCACUGGUAAAACAUAUAGGACAGUUGAUGUGGUGAAGAAUGGGGCUGUCAUAUCUAAAAUAUCCAACGAAAACGGAGGCCGAGUGAUCUGCCUGCACUUUCCUAAAGAAUAUGACGUGGUUCUUCAGUUUUCUGAUGAGCAAAAAAGAGAGAGGUUGUCAGCUAUGAUGACGACAUUUUUAAAAGAAUGCAACGUGAAGGAAGAGCUUGCAUUCCUACCAUUGCAACAGCUUUAUGCAGAAGCUGAAACCAAGGAAAGAAGAAAAAUUAAAGUAGAAAAGUUUCUGCAUCAUGUUUUUGCACAGGUUUAUUCCAAAGAUGAUAACAAGCAGAAGCAAACAAACAAUGCAGACUUGAAGAAUAUAUUUGACUUGGAAAUGUCGAGAGAAGAAUUUGCAGAGGCCAUGGUACUGAAGCCAGAUUCCAUGUUUGUGGAUCAAAUGUUCAAUAUGGUGGACAAAGAUGGAAAUGGCUACAUUUCUUUCAGAGAGUUUUUAGAUGUCUUGGUUCUGCUGUCUAAAGGUUCUGAAGAUGACAAGAUGCGUCUAAUGUUUGACAUGUAUGACCUGGAUGGGGGCGGUACCAUGGACAGAGGAGAAUUCACAGCAUUGCUCAGGUAA